UAAAAUAUUACGUUAAAAUCUCUCUCAAUCCUUCUUUUUCUUCUUCCUCCUAGCUAAUCAACACUACUAUGCUGACCCUUCAAAGUGCCAUCAACAAUGGUGAAAACGACCAUUACAACGAUCAAAACGACCAUCACGAUGAUGAUGAACAUAUCAGGGACAUCCAUGCUCUGACCCCACCCCACCCUCCUCCGGCCGUGAACCGUCGCCGUUGGGACACCGGCAGCCGCGCGUCUUCGUCGAGCGAGAUCGCGUCGAGCGAGAACUUCACCACCAUGAGCAGGGAGUUUAACGCUCUUGUUCUUGCUGGCUCGUCGAUCGAGAACAACGAAUCGGAUUCCAUACACACCUUGAACAAUCAUAAUCACUUGACGAGGAUCGGGGAGGACCAUGAACUGCGAGAGGAAACUAAUCCUUUAGCUAUAGUGCCGGAUAAUACUUACUCCGACCAGAGUUCGGAUCAGCAGAGACGGGUCGGGUUUGGAGAGCCACUGCAGCCGGCUGCAGCGCUGGCAGGGAGUAGCAGCGGCGGCGGCGGGGAGGUUUCGGUGCUGAGAGUGAAGAAAGAGGAGGUGGAAUCCAAAAUCUCCGCCUGGCAAAACGCUAAAGUUGCUAAGAUUAAUAAUAGGUUCAAGAGAGAAGAUGCUGUAAUUAAUGGGUGGGAAAGUGAACAAGUCCAGAAGGCUACUUCUUGGAUGAAGAAAGUUGAGAGGAAGCUCGAGGAGAAGAGGGUAAAAGCCUUAGAGAAGAUGCAAAACAACGUCGCGAAAGCACACAGAAAAGCAGAAGAGAGGAGAGCAUCAGCUGAGGCCAAGAGGGGAACGAAAGUUGCCAAGGUCCUUGAAAUUGCCAACUUAAUGAGGGCUGUUGGGCGACCACCUGCAAAACGUUCCUUCUUUUGAGACACCCUUAAUUCUUCUCUCUACAUGAAUCCGAUCAUCGACGACAUACAAAUACAUACGUAUACGUACCUUACUUUAUUGCUUAUUGAAGAGUGUACCUUCACCUUUUCAACUGUAGGGUACCCUAUAUCAGAGGGCAUAUGCAAUCAAGAGUUGCACCAAAUCAAUCAUCAAUGUUAUGUAUGUAUGUGUCAUUUGUGUGUAUGUAUUCAUCUAUGAGUGCUCAAAGUGUGUUGGGAUAUUUGAGGAUUUUGUUUAAUGGUGAAUGAGGGUGGAACCACUUAUUGCUGGUGUUUGUGCAGCUGAGAAUUAUUGCAUCUUUUUA